GCUGCUGCUGCUCUCCCCUUUGCGCUCUUUCCCUUCCGUUGCUUUUUCGCUGCCUCCUUCCUCGUCUUUCUCCGGCUGGCUUUGGGGGGAAAGAGAUGAUGUGAGGUUCCCGUCUCUCGCGCCCGGCUGGCUGGAUAGAUUGAUGCUGCUGCAGCAGGAAGGGCCACGUCUUUAUUAUGGCUGCCGCCGGGUGAGGAGGAGGGUUUCCUGCGCUGGCCUCUCGGUGGGUUUCGCUCGCGGAUGCUCCUGACGGGUUGAAAUUUUGAGGGGAUUUUGUUUCUGGUUUUGGAUGAGAGAUAGACUAUAGAGGAGGAUCGUUUUGGUGAGGUAUAUGAAGGACUCCUGCUUUUGUACUUGGUAUCACAACUGAUAUUAAGGGGAUCCCGAUAUUAAUAUUAAGGGGAUCCCGAUAUUAAGCUUCCGAAGGAACAUGGCGGAAUUGAAGGCUGCAACAGCGAGUCUCGAUGCCCGAACAACAAAGAUCAGAAAUGUCCCCAUUGCUGUAACCCCAGAAGGGUUCUGGUGCUGCCCAUCCCAGGCCGUGCUCCAGAAGACGGCAAAGAACCAAAACCAGCAGGCAAAAACCAAAGGCGGUGCCUCUCCUCCUGCAUCAAAGGCCUCGUCCAUUCAAAGGGCACCAACAAUCUCAUCAGAGAGACGAACACACUCAACUCCGAUAAGGUCCAAAAUCAAUUCAGAGGAGCAGAGGUGCUUGUCAGGGGAGAAUGCCGCGACUAAUCCGCCAAAGACAGUGAAUGAAAGGCCACAGAAGCAGCACAAGGUAUCUGUUGGAUUUGGCCAGCUUGAGAUGAGUGACUUGAAGGUUGUGCUGUAUGGUAAGGAUGGAGUUGUAGUUAAGAUGAGUGUCCACAAGAACACCCUAGCUGAAAACAGCACCUUCUUUGCUGAUAGGCUCUCAAGGCAGUCUCCAGUGUCGAGUGUGGAGGUUACUGAUUGUGAUGAUGUGGAUAUUUAUGUUGAGACUGUUGGGUUGAUGUACUGCAGCGAUGUCAAGCAGAGGCUGAUCAAGCAAACUGUUCCGCGCGUCCUACGAAUCUUGAAGGUUGCGGAGUUGUUAGGUUUCCGAGCAUGCAUCAUUUCAUGCUUAGAUUACUUAGAAGCUGUCCCUUGGGUCGGGGAAGAAGAAGAGAAUGUGAUCUCAUCUGUUAGGAAUCUGCAGAGUGAGAACUAUGGUGUUAGUCCUGUACUGAAGAGGGUAGCAUCUGAUCUAACAACCCCACCAAAUGACACAUUUUCACAUAUCAUUGAAUUAGUUUUGAGAAGCAAUGAGGAUAGGGGGCGGCGUGAGAUGAAAUCCUUGGUACAGAAGCUUCUGAAAGAGAAUAGCACUACCUGUACUAGUGGAUCUUCUGACUUAUGUGCUGAGACUCUUUACAAAUCAUGUCGGAACUGCCUGGAGUCCUUGUUGACCUUGUUUCAGCAAGCAACUGACAGUGAUUUUGCCGAGCUAUCUCUGAAUAUUAAAGAACCAGUUUUCCGACAAAUUGCAUUGGAAGCAGAUAAUCUUCUAUGGUUAGCUGAGAUUUUAGCUGACAGGAAUGCUGCUGAUGACUUCGCGGUCAUGUGGUCUAGCCAACGUGACUUGGCCGGGCUUCACUCCAAGUUACCAGUCAAGUCGCGUCACCUUGUCAGCUGUGUGACGGCCAGGCUUUUUGUGGCGAUUGGGAAAGGAGAGAUGCUUCCUUCAAAGGACACACGACGGCUUCUCUUGGACAUCUGGUUGCAGCCUCUCAUGGAUGACUAUAACUGGUUGCAGCACGGAUGCAGGUCAUUCGAUCGGAAAGUGGUGGAGGAAGGGAUCGGGCGGACCAUCUUGACGCUCCCGCUGGAGGAUCAGCAGACUAUCCUGCUCUCAUGGCUUGGGAAGUUCUUGAAGGUUGGGGACAGCUGCCCAAAUCUCCAGAAGGCCUUUGAGGUUUGGUGGAGGAGGACUUUUAUAAGGCCUUGUGUCGAGCAACAAGGUAAUCGAUCACAAUCGGGUCGGAGUUGAAUAUCAAUUGGUUGCAAAAGAAAUAGCCUUGUUUCCUAAUGUAGCAUAUUGAUCAGAAAUUAGAGUGCUAAUUUCUUACAAGGCAGGCUGUUUGGGAGAUCCCCAGUAUGUGGAAGGAAAUGGGGUGUAGGGUAGGAUUAGUGCUUUUGACUUGUAGGGCUUGAGAAAAUGUGUGCAUUGUGCUUGGGAUGCUUCAUAUGCUUGUGAAGCUCUCUGAAUUCUGGGUACAGAAUUUGUUCUCUGGUCUGUAUAUCACCAAGCAUGCCAAAGGGCCUCCACCUGAGAUGGUUAGAGGAACCCAGCGGCACUCCUCAGGUCCUGGGUUCGACUCCCCGUGGGAGCGAAUUUCAGGCUGAGGUUAAAAAAAUCCCCUCGUCUGUCCCAUGGCCAAAGCACAGGUCUAAGGCCCGGCCCCGGUCGUGGUCGUCUCACAUGGGCUACGGUGCCGCUGUGUAAGGAUGGGGCAGGGGUUCGGGGGUUUUCUUGACCUGCGUGAGAAGGUCUUCUCUUAAUGCAAUACCCGGGGGCUGUCUUA